UGUUGGGAUAUUGAUUUAUGUCGCUUGUUCGCGUGCGUUUAGUGUUUGAGAAUCCGGCUCCUGGUGUAGAACGGCAGUGUUGGUAUCUCUUUGAUUCUUCAUCGUGUCGUGUGGUGGCUGACUUGUCGCAUCUUGUUUCAAAACGUUUCUAUGGCUCGUCUUGUUCUGCUUGUCUGAGUUUUGCUAUUGAUGGUUUCUUUCUGCCACCCGGUGAACGAGUUGAGAUUAUUAGAGACGGAGAUUUAAUAACGGUAUAUCAAAAUAGGAAGAGAGACGAAAAGGCAGGAAACAUUAAACUUAUUCCUGUGAAGACUAGAAGGCUCCAUAAUAUCAACGCUAAGAGGCAACGACCAGACACCACAUCUUCGGAAUCAGACAGCUCUGAACCAACUUUGCAGCCGAUUUCUACUCCACGAGUGAAUGGAAUUGCUCAGAAGGCAAAGAAAGUUGUAGACGAGAGAUCCGCCUCAAGCAGUAGCUCGAGUUCAUCUUCAUCUUCUUCAUCAUUUUCAGAUAAGAAUCAUUUCUACGCCGAUUUAAAGACAAAAGCACCCGCACAGCAUCACAAUGUCAGUACAGAAAAUUCGAAAGGUUUGAAAGUGACAGCUAAGACCCGAAAGUCUGACAAGCACGACUUGACUGCAACUGAACGUGGAGCGAGGAUUGUCACUCAGACAAAAAAUGUUAAGGCUGGUGAAACUGUUGUUUGUUUGAAGAAAACACAAGAUGUGCUGUGUCGUGUUGAUUCAUUGUUGAAUAGCAGUGCCCAUGAUGGAAACAGCAAAGUUAAUGAAAGGACCAGUAAGAGCCGAACGUCUGUACGGACUCCAUCAAGUAGUAAUCAUAUUCGGUUUGAAUCUUCGGGUUCGGAAAGUGAGGAAGGAGGUUUACCCACUCAAUCUACAAACCAUUCGUCAAUAGCAGCGAAUGUUUCCAUGCUAACACAACAUCCUUCUGCUAAGCAAAAUGUAUCAACUAAACAACACGUUAGUGCUCGUUCUGGUUCCAAAACUACUGGUGGUCGACAUGAUGUUGUGACCCACAAGAGUCACGUUUAUGUCAACGGGAAGACGGAAUCACAAAGUCAGAAUGGCAAAAGGGAAACACACCACAAGAUUAUGAAGAAACCGCGACUACCUCUCAGAGACUAUAGCUCCAAUCCAAUUUUGCAAGGAGUACCAAGAGAGGGAGACAUAAUUGCUUUUAAGAUGCUGGAACUCUCAAACGAUUACAGUCCACAGAUAUCUCCAUACAAGGAGGCUUUGGUGUUGUCGUAUACUCCUCAGACGUCAGUUGUAGAGAUGAAAUUGACUGCGGAGUGCUUUGCUGCUGUGAAGGCAAUGAGACCUCAAGAGAGCAGAAAAUUUGAUUUGGUUGAUUUUGAGGAAGUUGAAGAUGAACACGAUGACCCCAUUACAGACUUGAUUUCGAUUGAGUUUUCAAGUUUGCAGGAAGUUAGACUGAUACCUCAUGUAUAAGUUACUGUACUGACAAAAUGAGAUGUCCAAUCUCUUAAUCAAUAAUGAGCAAUGAUGAUGUAGCUGUCUGAU